GGUUUGCACGACCCGUGCGGGCAUUUAACCGGUUGCACUUCCCCCUUCGUUCCCCUUGGAGCGCAGCGAAGGCGGCGCCGGAGGACCGGCCGGCGGGCGGACGGAGGACCGGAGGACCGGCGUGUUGGGGUCAGUGAGCCGGGCGCACGGUGCAGAAAACAUGAAUUACUCAAGAUUUAUCAACGCAGUCAGUGCAGCUCGAAGGGUAUCACCUAUCAGGGCAUUGACUGAGCUGCUGCAGAGGAGCCCACCGACCAUGAUCUCCCUCGCGACCGGGAUGCCAAACCCCAACAUGUUCCCCUUUGAGAGUGCCAACUUCACCAUAAAGGGUGGACAGAGCAUCACAUUUGGGCAAGAGACAAUGAAACGGGCUCUACAAUACUCAGCUUCAGCAGGAAUUCCGGAGUUGGUAUCCUGGAUGAAAGAUCUGCAGAAAUGCCUUCACAAUCCUCCCUCUAUGAACUACAGCCCCGAACAGGGGCAGAUGGAUCUGUGUGUCACUAACGGCAGUCAGGAGGGCCUCAGUAAGGUGUUUGAGAUGCUCAUCAGUCCUGGAGACAACGUUCUUCUUGACCGUUACACGUAUUCUGGGACACUAGCUUCGCUUAGACCACUAGGCUGCAAACUCCUCGGCAUCAUGAGCGACCAACACGGGAUCAUUCCCCAGUCCCUGUCCGACACCCUUUCCCGAUGGAAGCCAAAGGACGCGAAGGAUCCCAGCUCAGAUAUCCCAAAGGUUCUGUACACAAUUCCAAAUGGUGGAAACCCAACUGGAGCCUCCAUGACAGCUGAGAGGAAGAUGGAAGUAUAUCAGAUUGCCAGAAAAUAUGACUUACUGAUAAUUGAAGACGAUCCUUACUUUUUCCUGCAGUUUCAGAAGCCCUGGGCACCAUCAUUCCUCGCUCUGGAUGUUGAUGGUCGGGUACUCAGGACAGACUCCUUCUCCAAGAUCUUAUCCUCAGGAAUACGAAUUGGAUUUCUUUCUGGUCCUAAGCCACUCGUCGAUAGGAUCGUUCUCCACAUCCAGUCCUCCACUAUGCAAAGCAGCACAUUCUCCCAGAUCCUGGUUUCUGAGCUGCUUCAGCAGUGGGGACAGAGUGGCUUUCUGACGCACGUUGACAGAGUGAUUGAGUUCUACAGUAAGCAGAGGGACGCCAUGCAGAGGUCUGCUGGAAAGUGGUUGAAAGAUUUAGUUGAAUGGAAUAUUCCAAGUGCUGGUAUGUUCUUCUGGAUGAAGCUAAAGGGAAUCUCAGACUCUCACCAACUCAUCUCAGAGAAAGCCUUACAGAAAGAGGUGCUGUUUGUCCCUGGUCAGGUCUUCAUGGUCGAUAGUUCAGCACCCUGUGCAUAUGUGCGUGCUGCCUAUUCCCUCUCCACCCCCGAGCAAAUAGAUCAGGGUUUUCAAAGACUAGCUGCACUCAUCAAGGAAUCAGAAUAAUGCUGCUUAAAUGGCGUAGCACACCGAUCAAGCCUGAAUUAAAUUAAAUCAUAAUUUACCUUACACUUUUCUUUCUUAAUAGUAUGUGGAAUUGUCUUGUCUGCCUGUGCCAAGGAGAAUUUGACAUAUGGGAAGAAUAUCCUGUCAGUGUUGGUUACUUUCUGGGCAGCUUCCAAGGAAUGGAAGAAUGUGGGUCACCACUUUCUAAAGAUCAAGAAUUGAACAUUUGGAGGAUUUUAUCAGUAAAAUAAGGUUCCCUUUUAUUAAAGUACUUGGCUCUUUCA